AUGGAAGACAGUGCAAACCGCAUAGCUAUUCAAAAUAACCAUGAAAGGACAGAUGUUCUUGGUGUUAGGAAAACUAACUUAACCACUGGUGGCUUGGCAGAUGUGAAAUCCCAGAAAGAUGAAUCUUUCAAGCACAGUGAAAAGAAAUUAAUAAGUCGGCCUGUAAAACCUGCCUCAGGGUCUAUGGCCCUUGGAACUUUGCAGAAAGUCGCCCCUGUUCCAGAGUCAGCUAGUCUUGCAAAUGAGAAACAAAACUCUAGUUUUAGUGAUGCCAAUGGUACUCAGACUGUUGAUUCAGAUGCGCAUUCCCCUGUGAUUGAGAGGAGCCCUAAGUCACUACUUUCUGCAUCGGUGAAGUCUAUGGAUCCUAAUGGCAAGAAAGAUCUUGAUGAAGACGAUAACUUAUCCGUGGCAUCCUCAGCAGCAACAUCUUUACGGACACUACGAUCCAAACUCACUGUUCCUGUAGCUCCAACAUUCAAAUGUGACAACCGCAUUGAAAGGCGGAAGGAGUAUUACUCAAAGUUGGAGGAAAAACACAAAGCUUUGGAGGCUGAGAAGCUAGAAUAUGCUGCUAGGACCAAGGAAGAAGAGGAGGCAGUGAUAAAGCAGCUCAGAAAAAGCAUGGUGUACAAAGCCAAUCCAGUUCCAAGCUUUUACCGUGAAGGGCCUCCUCCAAAAGUUGAACUCAAAAAGUUGCCAGUUACUCGUCCCAAGUCUCCAAACCUAUCUAGGAGAAAGAGCUGUGGCGAUGCAGUUAAGUCAGUUAAGUCAUCUCCGGAGGGAAAGGAAGCUUGUGCCAGAGUAAAACGUCACAGCAUUGGAUCUUUCAGAGAAGGUGGAAAUACUCCUACCACCUCCAAAUCUAAAGAUGCAAGUGUUAGGCGAAAUAUGCCUGGCAGGGCAAACAGAGAAGGUAGUUCAACUCCUGGUUCUGCUAAAAGCAAACCUACACCAAGCCGGCAGAAGCCGAAUGUAAAUGGAGGAACUAGAGUGAAAAAUAACCCUCCACAGGUUAAAGAAACUUCAGUGACCCGCGAGAUUUCAGAUACUCCAGUAGCAAAAGAAACAGAAGAAUGUGUGGCGGAAAUUAUGGAAACUCCUGCUGUGCAUUGCCAAAAGGAAGCAGACGCUGCUAUCGUGGAAGAGGAAAUAGAAUGUUCUGAGAAAAUGAUUUCAGAGAUUUCUCUUGAUAUCUGA